CCUCCUCUUCCCGCUCUCCCUGCAGGAAUCUGGGCAUCCCAAACCCGCUUUGGCUGCAGGCGGGAAUGCCGGGUGUGGGAAGGCCCCUUUCCAAAGGAGCAGCAUUCCCGGGAAUGCCCCAGGAUCGGGAAGGUGCUUCCCGGGGGUGGUUGUGGGGCCGCCCCGUGACCUCCCACGGGCGGGCGGGACCCGCCGCGGCUCUUCCUGCUCCGCUUCCUCCCCGGAGGAGCCGGAGAGGCCCCCCCCCGCAUCCCGGGAUUUUUGGGGGGGAAUUCCCCCUUUCCCCCACCCGCGGAGGGGCCUCUCCGUGGGCAAUCCCGCCGGCUCCUCCCGGGAAGCAUUCCCGGCCCGUCCCGAGCCGCCGGCAGAGGAAUCCCACCUGGAUUCCCACCUGGAUUCCCCACCUGGAUUGCCGUUCCCGGAAGCGGGAAGAAGGGAAGGAGCGGUUUUUCCACCCGCGCCGAUUCCUCCCGUGGGAUUCGUUUCCCCCGGGCCUGGGGGCGGGAAUUCCACCCUUCCCGGCAAGGGAAGGGAUGUUCCGUCCCUAGCGGCCCGGCCGUGCUCAGCAUGACGGCCCUUCCCGAGGCGCCCCUGGACGCGGAUCCCCGGCCGGGAUCGGGGCCGGGAAUGGGGCCGGGAUCGGGGCCGGGCUCGGAGCCGGGAGCGGAGGAGGAGACGCGGAUCCUCAAGGUUUGCUUCUACAGCAACAGCUUCAACAUGGGCAAGAACUUCAAGCUGGUCAAGUGCGCCGUGAGCACCGAGAUCCAGGAGGUGAUCGACUCGAUCCUGCUGAGCGGGCGGCUCGGUCCGGCCGUGCGGCUGCCCCAGUGCUACGGACUGCGCCUGCAGCACCUCAAAUCCCAGCAGACACACUGGCUGCACCCGCGCCUCACCGUGGGAGAGGUGCACGACAAGUACGAGUGCCUGCACAUGGAGGCAGAGUGGAGGUACGACCUGCAGAUCCGGUACCUGCCCGAGGAUUUCCUGGAGCGCUUCCAGGAGGACAGGACCACCCUGCUCUACUUCUACCAGCAGCUCCGCAGUGAGUACAUGCAGCACUACGCCAGCAAGGUGAGCGAGGGGAUGGCCCUGCAGCUCGGCUGCCUCGAGCUCAGGAGGUUCUACAAGGACAUGCCCCACAACGCUCUGGACAAGAAAUCCAACUUCGAGUUCCUGGAGAAGGAGGUGGGGCUGGACCUGUUCUUCCCCAGCCAGAUGCAGGAGAACCUCAAGCCGCGGCAGCUGCGGAGGAUGAUCCAGCAGACGUUCCAGCAGUACGCGCUGCUGCGGGAGGAGGAGUGCGUGCUCAAAUUCCUGCACACCCUGGGCACCAUCGCCCCCAUCGGGCAGGAGACCUUCCAGUGCCAGCUCGUCCAAGGGUGGAACAUCGCGGUGGAUCUGGUGAUCGGCCCCCAGGGCAUCCGGCAGGUCACCGGCAAGGACACCAAGCCCACGGUCCUGGCGGAAUUCCGGAACAUCACGUCCAUCCGCUGCUCCAGGGCCGAGGAGGGGCGGGCGCUGCUGCACCUGGGGCUCAGCGGGACCCCCUCGUCCCUGAGCAUCCAGACGGCGUCGGUGGCCGAGGCGGAGAACAUGGCCGAGCUCAUCGACGGCUACUGCCGCAUCCAGGGGGGCUCCCACGGCUCCCUCCUGCUCUGCCCCGGGAAAGAGCGGGAGAAGAGGAUGAGCCUCCCGCAGCUCCCGGCUCCGCCCCUGGGGGACAGGCGUUCCACGCAGUCCGACAGCCUCGGAGGGGAUUCCGACAUUUACGCCGAAAUCCUGGAUGAGUCCUCGGGGUCCAGGUCUGCAGGGCAGUGCGGGAUCCGUCGGGAGGCGGUGACGCUGGGCAGGAUCCUGGGGGAAGGAUUCUUUGGAGAGGUCUACGAGGGGCUCUACAACACCCCGGACGGGGAGCGGCUCAGCGUGGCGGUGAAGACCUGCAAGCAGGACUGCAGCCCGGAAAACAGGGAGAAAUUCCUGAGAGAAGCAGUGCUGAUGAAGAAGCUGGACCACCCGCACAUCGUGAGGCUCAUCGGCAUCGCCGAGGACGAGCCCACCUGGAUCGUCAUGGAGCUCUAUCCCUACGGGGAGCUGGGGCGGUACCUGGAGCAGAACCGGCCGUGCCUGGCGGUGCCCACGCUGGUGCUCUACGCCCUGCAGGUCAGCAAGGCCAUGGCCUACCUGGAGGCCAUGAGCUGCGUCCACAGGGACAUCGCGGUGCGGAACAUCCUGGUGGCCUCUCCCGACUGCGUCAAGCUGGGAGACUUCGGCCUCUCCCGCUACAUCGAGGAUGAGGAGUAUUACAAAGCCUCCGUGUCCCGCCUGCCCAUCAAGUGGAUGUCUCCCGAAUCCAUCAACUUCCGACGCUUCACCACGGCCAGCGACGUCUGGAUGUUCGGGGUGUGCGUGUGGGAGAUCCUGAGCUUCGGGAAGCAGCCCUUCUUCUGGCUGGAGAACCGCGAGGUGAUCGCGGUGCUGGAGAGGGGCGACCGCCUGCCCAAGCCCCAGCCCUGCCCGCCCGUGCUCUACACCCUCCUCACCCGCUGCUGGGACUACGACCCACGGGAGAGGCCCACCUUCAAGGACCUGGUGUGCAGCCUCAGCGACAUUUACCUGAUGGAGAAGGAGCUGGCCGAGGAGCAGGAGCGGAACCACCGGCACCGGCCCCCCAAAAUCACGGAGCCCCCGGCCCUCCAGGAGCCGCCUCCCAAGCCCAGCCGGCCCGUGUACAAACCGCCCUCCCAGAACAACCUGCUGGCUCCCAACCUGCAAUUCCAGGUUCCCGAGGGUCUCUGUGCCAGCUCCCCCGCGCUCGCCGGCCCCGGCCCCGCCGAGUACCAGAGCCCCGGCCCGGGGGGGCCCCUGCGCACGCCGCCCCCCCAGCGCCACGGCAGCGCCUUCAAGCGCCGCAGCAUGAGGGAGGAGGAUUUCCUGCGGCCGAGCAGCCGGGAGGAGGCGCAGCGGCUGCUGCAGGCGGAGCGGCUCAAGGUGGAGCGGGUGAUGGAGCGGCAGCAGCGGGAGAUGCUGGAGGACGAUCGGUGGCUGCGGCAGGAGGUGGAGAGCCUGGACCCCACGGUGUUCAUGAACAACAACAACCUCCCCCCGCUGCUCCCGGAGAAGGAGACGGAUUACACGCAGUUCACGGGACCCCCCCAGAAGCCUCCGAGACUCGGGGCACAGCCUGGAUCACCCCCGGAUCGGGGGGAUGACGCCGUGUACGGCCACGUGACGGGGCUGGUGCGGGCGGUGCUGCAGCUCAAGAACGACGUCAGCCUCCUGCCCCCCCAGGAGUACAUCCUGGCCGUCAAGAACGUGGGCCUGGCCCUGCGGAAGCUCAUCGGGAGCGUCGAUGAGAUCCUGCCCGCCCUGCCCGCUGCCUCCCGCACUGAGAUCGAGGGCACGCAGCGGCUGCUGAACAAGGACCUGGCGGCGCUGAUCGCCAAGAUGCGGCUGGCGCAGCAGAACGCGCACACCUCGCUGGGCCCCGAGUGCCGCCGCCAGCUCCUCGCCGCCUCCCACGCGCUGGCCGUGGACGCCAAGAACCUGCUGGACGCCGUGGACCAGGCCCGGCUCCACGCGCGGCCGUGCCCGGAGUGAGGGGCGGGAGGAGCCGCCGCAAAAUCGGCUUUUUUUUUUUUUUUUUUUCGCGCGUGUCCGUGUCCGUCCCCUCCCUCUCUCCCUCCCUCCCUCCCCGCGCUCCGCUCGUGUCUUUUUUGGCGUGGUCUCGUCGCGCUCUUCGCAAGGAAGGGGGGGGCACGCGGUGGUUUUAUCCCUGGAAAAGGCUUUGGGGGGGAUCAGGGAAAGGAAAGGGAUGGAGCUGGAGAUCCCUGGGAUCCGCCCCUCUGGGUGUGUCCGGCGGAGCCACCCUCACCCCACCCACCCACCCACCCACCCUGCGAGGACGGGGCGGCCGCGGGCGGCGCGUCGGGAACGGGACUGGGACCGGGAUUGGGACCGGGAUU